AAAAAAGUAAAUUUAAAAAUUUUAAAAAAAUGUGUAUAACAAUAUAAAGAAAGACUUUUUUUUAAGUUGGAAUAAAAACUGUGAUAAUUUGAUUUACGAAUUUUUUGAAACAAAAUUUUCGAUAAAUUGUAAAAUUUUUUUAAAUUCGCGUAAAUUCAAAAAAGGAAAAAAGAAAAGUUUUUUGGAAGACUACUGCAAAAAUUUUUAACUUAACCCAGCAAGACUGCUAUCGCAACUAUUUGGUUUUGAGUUUGUUUUUUUUUAAUCAUCUUCACUAAAAGAAUCCAACGCCAUUGAAUAUAAGUUUGUCAUCAAAUUAAAACAAUACGUCAAUUAUCAAAAAUGGAAAAGACGGAAAAGAAAGCCAAAAUCACUCUACCGAACGAUAAAUCUUCAAAAACCACAAUCGCUGGCAAAACUGUAAAGAUUGCCGGUGGUGACAAACUAACACCUAAAGGCAAAUGUGCUGCAAAGUUGGUUGGUUGGAAAACGGGAGCUGGUAAAGGAAAAUCUCCGGGAGGAGAAGGAGCUGGUGCUGCUGAUGACCUUAAUGCCUGGAUUAAGUCGCGUCAACUACUUAAACCGGACGAUCAACUAGAGCUGACAGAAGCUGAACUUGGCGAAGAAAUAACCAUUUCUAACGCCCACCAAUACUAAUGUGGUUCUCAAUUUUGUAGUGUACAGUUUCAAGGAGGGCACUUUUGUUAAGAUUCCACCCACUGGUAAUACGGUCACAAUAUUUCAAUAGGCUGGUGAAAUUCUAUAGGGCAAAAUCACUUUCAUGAACCCCCCAAUUGCGGCGAGCUAGUUAGAUAACGUUAAGAGCCCUUUGAGCUGCUUUGCAUGCUACA